AUGGAUUUUAACUCUAAUGAGGAAGAUACCGUUGACCAGGAGAUGGACUUCGAAGACGGCGUCCAGAGUAUGGCGUCAACACCCAGGAAACGACGCUCGAGAGCUACUGCCUCCAAUGACCUUGAAACCUCUCAUAACAUCAUCGCCGAUACGAUGUUCGAUGCGUUCUUUGUACAGGCCUCUAGGUCCUCGCGAACAUCCGACCACGUCUUCUCACAUCUAGUGGAACCUCUCAGCGCGGAAGAAUACGUAUCGGCUAUAGCCUCUCUCCAGAAGGAUAAAUGCGACCCCGGCACCAGAUACACCAGUCGGUUGAGUUCUCAGCACCCUGACUACUUCUCUCAAUAUCUCCGGGAGCUUGACGAGGGGUUCAAUAUUCUGUUCUUCGGGUUCGGUUCCAAACGGGACGUUCUGAAUAGGUUCGCCGUAGAUGCUUGCUCGAAACGAGGACACGUUGUGGUCGUCAAUGCGUUCCAGCCUAGCUUCACGCUCAAAGACAUCCUUGCGUCGAUCGAGAGUAUUGCCGGCGUCACCUCCUCGCAUUUGCCGUCGCAGACUAUCGACGGGCAGUCCCGACGCAUCUGUGACUACUUCUCCUCCAAAUCGAAGAGGCCUCUCUAUCUCAUCAUACACAACAUCGAGGCCCCGAGCUUGCGCACAGCAAAAGCACGAUCAUGUCUGUCGAUCUUAUGCGGCUGUCCCGCCAUCCGCGUAGCCGCCUCCGUGGACCACAUCAACGUCCCACUUUUAUGGUCAUCCACGGAGUCUUCGACAAGGAAGCACGCCUCGUCUUCAGGAGUGACUCACCGCGGGUACGCAUGGUUGUGGCAUGACCUGACCACUCUCGCUGCGCACGACUUCGAACUGUCCUUAUCUAACAGGUCCUCGAUAACCGGGGCGUCAAGUUUCACUUCAUCGUCUAGUGUUCGCCUGCAGCAAGACCAACUUACGAACGGUGUAGCUAUGACUGAGACGGCUGCUCAGCAUGUUCUAGCAUCCGUCACUGAGAAGGCUCAGAAGUUGUUCACCCUGAUAGCCACGAUGCAGCUGAAAGCUAUCGAUGAAGCAGGCGAUGCUCCAACCACAGCUGAUUUGCAACAGUUCGCUCUCAGCUAUGAUACACUGUUCAACACCGCGCGGGAUAACUUCAUUGCUACGAAUGAUACGGCCCUGAGAUCCCUUCUAGGCGAAUUCCGGGAUCAUGGUCUUGUCUUGUCAUCAACGGUUGGCGGGCCUGGAGGUGGAGAGGUCCUGUGGAUACCCUUGCGCAAGGAGAGGCUUUCCAAAGUGGUAGAAGCCUUGCAAACAAGCCCAUGA